AAGAAAUUAUUACUACAAUUAAAAAGAAAAUUACUAAUAAGAAGCUUCAAUCGCCUGACCUUUCAUCAACCCGUGACUAUCUUUCUAAACAAAUUGGUGAUGCCGAUGCUGAAAAAGAAUUAUUGGAUUGUGCUGAUGAAUAUGUAAUUGAUAAAACUACAUAUAGAGUAAUUGAGGAAAAUAAACGAGAAAUAAUUGAUCAAAAUAAAGAUGAAAUACCGAAAGAACAUCCGAAAACUAAAGCUAAAAGCUUUAUCGGCGGUCUUUAUAAUGGAGCUGUUAAACUUGGAGAAAAAAUUGAGAGUAUCCUUCCAUUUAAGAAAGAUAAAGAACCUGAUGAUCAUGAGAAAGCGGAAGCACUUAUAAUUGUUGAGGAAUCAGCCUCUCCCGAAAAAUGUGAAGAAAUCGUUGCGGAUCAAAAAGAUGAUGGUUGUAUUGAAUUAAGCGAUAUAGUUUGUGACGAACUAGAUGCACCUAAGGAAGAAAUUAUCACAACAAUUCAACCAAAACUUACAAAUAAGAAGCUUCAAUUACCCAAUCUUCCAUCAAUUCUUUCAACUGCUAUUAACCUAUCAUACCUUAAAAAAGCUGCACCUAAACAUGAAGGUAUAUGGAAAGAUAAACAUGAUAAAGCCCGUAAAUAUCUCUCAGACCAAAUAGGAGAUGAAGAUGCCGAAAAAGAACUUUUAGACUGUGCGAAUGAUUAUGUAGUCGAUAAUUGUAUUAAGAAGGUGAUUAAAGAUAAAAAGAGAAAUGCAGUCGCUACGGUGCAAGAGUCUAUCACACCAGAAAAAUGUGAUGACAUAGUGUCUAAUCAAAAUAAUGAUGGAUCUUUUGAAGUUAGCAAAACAAUUUGUAAAGAAAUAGAUGUUCCAGUUACCAAUGUAGUAACUGAAGUGAAAAAAUGCACACAAAAUCCAAAACUUAGAUCUCCAAAAUCAGAACCAUGGUGGAAGACAGCACUUGCUACUAGCUACCUUAAUAUUGCCGCACCACAUCAUAAAAAACAAUGGGAAGAUAAACAUGAUAAAGCUCGUAAAUACCUUUCUGAUCAAAUUGGAGAUGCUGAUGCUGAAAAAGAAUUAUUAGAUUGCACUGAUAAAUAUAUCAUUGAAAACAUUACUAAAAAGGUUGAAAAAGAUCAUAAGAAAGAAGCUGCAAUUGUUGUUGUUCAAGAGUCGGCUUCUCCCGAUAAACAUGGAGAAAUUGUACCUAAACAAAAAGACGAUGGCAGCAUUGAAAUUGAUGAUUCAAUAUGUAAGGAAUUGCAUGCUCCUAAAGAAGAAAUUAAUACCACUAAUAUUGGUAAGAUUUAA